AAGGAAGCGCUAAAACAUGACGUCACAAUAAACGCUUGCGUCAACGCACAUGAUAUGACGCAUUCAGUUUACAUCAUCAGUUUCCUUAUUGUGUUGUGUUUUCUUUUAGGCCUACAAGACAGAUGUGUAGCGGCGCCCAUUUUGAAUUCUACCCUUAGCCGGACGGGACGUCACAAACGCUGGGAAGAUGAAGCAUACGACGACUACAGCGGGGGUGAAAUUGAUUACAAAGAGGAGACGGAAGAGGAGGCCAGAAUUAAGAACUUAUUAUUAAACUGGGAGAAGCUGGCACUCAAAGCCAUCUUUGGUCUCUCCUUCUUCUCGCUGAUCUGCAUGGUGUGGUACAUCUGUUGUAAGAACUGCUGUAGAUAUCUGGUGGUGGGCCCUUUGAAGGAGGCCUUUAUCGACUAUUGGACAAGAUUUUGUCCUUGCUGCGUGAAGGACAAACAGUUUCAUAGAAUGAAAGUUCAAGCCGAGAAGUUUGGCCUGAAGCUAACCCCCUCAACAUUCGCUCAACUGAGGCGCGUGGCGGAACAGGCUGCGGAAACGAUGGGGUACGACACCUCAAAUCAACCCGCUUACAUGUGAGGGUCCAAAACAACGCACAGAUACUGGGAAGCUUGGAAGAAUUCCGAAACAAUGGACAGAUGCUUGUAAUUUCUGUAGGAU